GGAUAGGACUACUGAAUGAGGUGGUGUGGUUUUCUUAAAACAGGGAAAGGCGAGUAAAGACAGCCCGCAAAAAUGUCGGGGCCAAUAGCAAAUGGCGAGGGAAAGGUCCUGACGCUCGAGGACCUCAUUGAAGCAAUGAAUAAGCAGGAAAGGACGCCAAGUAAUGUUCCCAAAGUCAAUACUUUCCACUUCAAUGGGGAGCGGGUUUCUGAUUGGCUGGACCUGGUGGAGCAAGCUUUGGUGGGGUUAUCAGAUGCAGUGAAGUUUCAACGCAUUAUGAAGUAUGUACUUCAUAUCCACCAUCAGGAGGUAGAGAAGGUUAUUAAUGCGGCCAACGGUAGCUGGGCCAGAUUCAAGGAUGGGAUGCAGAGGAAGUAUAGGCUAGAUGGGAUGCUAACCACGGCGGAUUUGGAAGCCAUGAACAGAGACGACUUCACCACGGUGGGGGGGUUCGUGCAGGAGAUUAAGAAGAAGGCGAGAAAGGUUCAUGGCAUUUCAGAGGAAUCCCAAUGCGCUAUCUUUUUGGGGCUGCUCACUGUCGAGGAGGCUGCAGAGUUGACUAGCCAUGGAGGAGGAAGCGAGAAACUCACCUGGGCCACUAUUGAUAAAGGCGUGGCAGAGGGAAGUCUGGACGAGGUGGAACAAUAUCAAAUGCGUCUGCAAAGGCGUAAGCGGAAGGAGAGGGAUGCCACGGCGUCUGGAACCCCAGGAAUUGAAGAGUUAAAUGAGACAGAAUGGAAGGAUUGGGUGCCAGGAACGAGGCUGAAGAAGUUUGUGGCAAGGGAAGAGGCGAUCGAAAGGCUGAGAGGAGCCGACAGGUUCGCGGAGCCCAUGGCACAGAUUCGUAGGGAGGCAAGGACGAGGCCAGAGGUGGAGGCGGGGAUCCAGGAGCUACGACCAUCACCUGUGGGACCUGAUGGCAGACCGAUCCGCCUGAAGAUCGAGAAUGCGGAGGAGUUCAUUCCCGCCUUCGAGAAGUUCAUGCAUGACCAGGGCAUGUUGAGGGAUGAGUGGGCGAGGACAUUGCCCCUAUGGACCAGAAAGGCAGAGAGGCCCUUGGCUAGGCAGAGAUUGGAAGAGGCCGGGGCACUCCUAGAUCAGCCACCACCACCCAAGCCGUACGGUAUCAAGGAGAUGCGGGAUGAGUUCCUAGACCAGCAUGGCGAGGGAUUGACGACUCCAGAAAAGGCAGAGGUUGGGACUUCGAAGAAGGCGGAUGAGUACUUGGACCGAAAGAUCCACUUCCUGACCAAGACAUUUUUCGAUAGAUAUAUGAUGUUGGAAGCUGAUCUGAGACGGAAGGAGAUGAAGGAGAUGAGUCAUGGAGUACGUCUGGAGGCAGUUGAGGCUGAGGUCCGAAAGCUAAGAGCAUUGGUGGCUAGUCAGGUUGCCAUCAUCCAGGACUUGAGACAGCAACCGCGAGGUGGGGCUGAUAGGGCUGACAGGGAGGGGCCAGCAAAGGUGGUGGAUAGGGCAGAGAGCAGCCGGCAGGGAGAGCAAAGACAAGCAGGGCAUGGCUUAUAAGGAAGGCCAUCCGCAACUGAACUUCAGCAGGGGCCGUUCAUGGGAAGAGCCAUCUUGGAGCCUGAGGAGGCGAAAGCCAAGAGG